AUGGAGGAUGUCAGCCAGCUGGAGGUUGCGUUUUGGAAUAGUUAUCCCACGGUAAAGAAAUUUCCAUCUUAAGGACACAAUUCUAUCUGAUCGUUACGACUUGUUAACAAAAUUCCCUCAUAUUCCUCUAUAUGGCAGUUACAGAGGAACCUUUCGUAACGAACCUCUACUAAACGAUUUUCUCUACCAAGAAAUAGUAAAAUAUAUGAAAAAAGACCCUCGAUAUAACGAAGUCUCGUCAUAGCGAACACAUUUUGCCAGUCCUUUGGCCCUUCGUCAUAUCGAGGUUCCAGUCUACCUCAAAAUCACCUUUCCAAUCUAGAUGCACGUAUAUCCCUGCAAGUUGAAGAGCGAUUUUCCAACCGUUGUUGCCACAAUGAAAAAAAAACAACAAAAACUAAAAGACUUCUAAAAGUAAAAACAGACAGAAAAUCGCCGCCCUUUACUCUGGUUCCCCUAGCUAGCCCCUCAUUGGGAGAUAGGCAGCAACAGUCUCUGCAGAGUUCCCUCCUGUACCGGUCCACUCACACGGGGGCCAAUGAAACUUCGCAAAAUAAUAAACAUAUAAACAUAUUUUUCAACAUAUUUAUAAAAUAACUAAAAUGGUACGCGCGCUCUGAUUGGCCGAGAGGAGUGUUUGCAUGAGAGUAUGUAAACAUGGUUGUGGGGUAAAGAUGUUUAAUUUGCUUUUCGCGCGCUAAUCACGCAAAGCUACGCAAGCACGAAUUUGAAAAAGUUUUCGAGUUCAAAACUCGACAAGUUUACUUUAUUUACCCAUUACUUCGUUGGCUGAAACUUGGAAAAUCGUUACAAAGAAGGUGCGUCAAUUGUUUUCCGCUUAAGCUGACAUUUUAAGCCAGAAAAGUCCGUAUUUUGGAAAGCAUCUUUUGGCAAAACAAGAACUGAUUACGCGUUCAAGACUUCGUGGACAAGACUUUGCAACUGGUAAGAAUUUCUCUUUUAAUCAGUGCCAUCAUACAAAGAGUUUUGCGUUUUUUCUCGGGAAAGUUAGUUUAUAAAAGGAAUAGAAAACUUUUUUCCUGUGUUUGCAUAGCCUGAUAUAAACACUCGAGGCGUUGGGAGAAUUCUCGACAGUUAUGCAAACCCUCGACUUCGUCUCGGGUUUGCAUAGCUGUCUCGAAUUCUCCCAACCCAUCUCGUGUUUAUAUCAGGCUAUGCAAACACAAGAAACGUUAUGCAAGCCGGAGGCUUCGAGUCAUAGCCUCGUUUUGGUGCGAAAGUUUUUUCUCGUCUUUUGCCGAUUCAGAAUACGCAAAAUGAGCCAACAUCUAGUUUACUUGCAUUAGAUACUAUUCUACGACCCUAAGUGUCUUGUAAGCAGAUUUAAAAAAACAUAAAAGCAUAAAGCGCAUAAUUCACUUUUCUAGUAAACAUUUGACGUUUUCAUGAGCAGCGGAAAUGAACUGUUUGCCUGUUUUCUGCCCGGCUGGUCUCACGAAAAUGCUUGUUUAUAAUUUAACUUUGGAAUCUAGGAUGUUGAAGUUUAGAGAUCAUCGAUUUGAAAGUGAACAUGAAAAAAUUCCCACACCUUUUGGCUGCUUUUUUCAGAUAGGUACGAUACAUUUUGAGAUAAGGGAUCAUAAGGAACUCCGGAUCUUGAUUUUAGAAGUGGCAUUUCGCACGAAAAUUGCUUUAAAACUCAUUAAACCCAAAUGAGAAAAUCGAUACAUUAAGUACUUUUUUUAAAAUUAUAACUUCGUGUUUUAUUUGUCUUAAAACUGAGUAUUCUCCACGGAUUGGUUACUAACAUACACAGCUGUCCGAUGGUCGGCCACGACAGCUUGAAAUCAGUUGAUCGAAGAACUAAGACCUUCUAUAGCAGAUAAAUUACUGAGACAAGUUUUUUGUUUAAGUUCGAGAAAAAAACGUUUAGAGCCGCGUCAAGGCAACUGAAAAGUCUUCAGUAACUGAAUUACCAAAAGAGGUAAAUAUUUAUCAGCGGAGUAGGCUAUCUCUCGUGUUGUAAAAGAUGUGACACUAAGCCUGACUCACGUUCACACGUGUUUGUAAGUAACCUUUUUUAAAGUGCAAAUAGUGUAUGUUUUGGGGAUUCAUAGUGUGGACUGAUCUAAAUGUUUUCUCAAGCCGCCUGUAUUUCGUUUGGAGGUGAUGUAGACUUUUGUGUUACGUACAGUGCGGUUUCUUAUCUUAGUUUUAACCUUGUCGUAAUUUGCAAUUGUGAUACUGAGCGCAUUUUGCAGUUGGAUAUUAAAUUUACCGGAUGCCGUAGUUGAUAUACCUAUACAGUUUAAUGACAUAACAGCUUAAUGGACAAGUUUAGACAACCUUUUCUAAACUUAUAUUUCUGAAUUGUUAAACCUCGAAACCGCCUUUGAACUGCGUAGGUGAAUCCUUUGAACUGUGCAGUCUAUUUGGUACAUUUCCUAAUGGACAUUAUAGAUAUUUUGACCAGUAUGUCAAAUGGAUCCAGCAUCCUUUUGUUGUUUUUUUUAAAAGGCAUUUUCUCAAUGCUUUAAAGUUAGUCUUUUGCCUCGGUUUUUUAAAUUUGUGAAUGCAACUUUUCCCACAAUAAUUAAACGCCUAUAGAAAAGCAAAAGUACCCAGACCUUCUUUAUUCUUCCCCGAAGUUAAUCACCUCACCAAACUGUGGAUUUUGCUGCAGACCUGAACUAUAUAAAUGAAGAACGUUUGUUUUCACAUAUAUAUGACGAAUUCACAAAAUGCCCACCAGUAGGUAGAAAUUGACGCUGCAAUCGCACGUGUAGUAUGAAUUAGAAUGCAUUCCAGCGUUUUUGCCAUAGGUUCAAUUUCUUCUUUCAUUUUAUAUCAGAAAUUAAUUUCGCAGAAAUGGAACGGGUAUAUAUUUCGUGGUGACUUACGAUUUUGCGAUUUGGCCGCAAAAAUUUAUUGAAAGAAACUAAAUUUCGCGAAGAUAAUUUCAAAAAUGAUCUGCAUUAAUAAGAGUUAACUUUCCAUAACAAUAGCUUUCAAUGAUCCUUUUCAUAAAAGCUACGGUAAAGCCGUCUUUCUGGGUGGAUUGCUGACUCGCAGUAGGCCAUUGUAGAGAAAUUUCUAGGCCUACACGCCUUUUUCUUUUGCGAGGGGAGGGCUCAUUUACACCACAGUUAUGGAUUCGAAGCAUCGAGAAUCCCCCCUUGUGAAAGGGUAAUUUGAAAUUGCAGUCAAAAUUGUUAUUGAACGGUGUAAUGGUUUCUGGAUGCUUUGAACGAGAGUCACAUCCCCGCGCACCGCUUUUGAUGGCAGCCAUUGACGAAUAGACUUUGCGUUUUCACAAUUCAUAUUAAUUUAAUCUUAUUAUGCAAAGGAAAACAUUUCUUGCAGAUAUAUUUACAGGAAAGACUAAUGAGUGGACAGUAAAAAAAUAAUAUCAAUUUUAUGUUAGUCAGUGGCAACUUCGGGCGUGAGAGAUAAAGAAAAUUUUCCAGGUGUCCUUGAAUCAAACCAGGCUUUUUUGGCAGAAUAUUCAACAGACCCAGAACCGUAUGAAUGAGAAAUACGCUGAGUAUACAUAUAUGAAACAGUCAAAGAGAAAAAUAUUUAAAUGCUGAUUAUUCAGGCUGUUUAUUAACAUAGAAUUUCAAAUGUUUCAGUCCACAAAGUGCGCAUACUAGAUGGCAGUUUUUUGGUUUGAUCAAUUUUCCUUAACGAAUCGCCUCGAAAUUAACUCAGUAGGUAAAACUGGUUCGAAACGAACUGACGAAGCUGUUGUUAUAUUGACCUCAGAAUUUUUUUAGAAUAAUGCGGAACAUCAAAGGAAAAAUAAUCCGGAAAAAUAAUAAAAAAACUCAACUAAUCCGGAAAAAUAAUAAUAAAGACUUUCCUCAGGAGGCAUUCUCAUGAUUUCAGAGAAAUUGAAUUUCUCUCCUCGUCACUCAUGUUUGUAAAUUAUACUGAGGUCGUCCGCGCUCCCUUUUUAAACUUAACCAUUUUUCGACAACAGCACACCGAUAAAUAUUGUCUAAUAGCUUCUUUAGAAAGAAUUUUAACCGUCUGAAGCUUAGUGAUUCACUGUAGUUUACCCCGAUGAUUUAAGCAUUAAUUGAUAUAGUCGGCCUGCAAUUCAUUAGGCAAAUUUCAAGAAGAUAUAACCCAUUUAGAUUUUAAACCUUAUACCGUUUAUGCACCUGAAUUUGAUUAAUAAGAACUCUAAAACUAUUUUCAUAGGCAGUAUUUUUUCUUUCAGCACAAAAAAGAGGCCGAUUUCUGAUUAGAAUCUCAGUAAGACAACAAGAUUGAUUAACCUAUAAAAUCUGAAACCGAAUUCGGUUUCCCCACUAAUCCUGAACGUUAAUUUAUAACGGAUUUUUACAGGGACAAACCAAAACUCUGCAUUCAACUUUAAUUGUUGCAUUAAAUAUAAGAUAUUCAUAUAUUCACUAUUUAAUUGCUGCUUUUGAAUGAAACAAAUCGCUCUGAUGUCGGUGACGCAGAGCUUUUAAUUCACUGAAGUUUUUAAUAGUUCAUCUAAUGCAACUUUUAUAGGGCGGCUCAAGUCUGUCGCAUUGAUUUUAGUCGUUAAAAAGAAUAAAUAACAUGAAUUUCACAUUUCAUCCUUGCAGGUUCAUCUCAACCUUUUGUUAACAAGCUGUUAAGGAAAAUUCGCCGCAGUCUUUUUCCUUUAAAUUUGAGCACGAAAUUCACUCGUAAGUAUAAUUUUAAAAAUACUGCGUUCUGCACACUUCCUUAUUACGGAAACUCUGAUAAUCCAGAUGGCAGCUAAAUCCCCGGCAAAACUCUCCCACGUUUGACUCUAAUAGACUCUUUCGAGUCUAACGACCUCGCGUUAUCACAUUUACAAAGGUUAAGCGACAGCACUAUUUUGUUAUUCUAACACUUUGAAAGUUCAGACGCGCCCACUGAGAAUCGUCUUGAAUUUCCGCCAAUACGGACUCCGGACUGCACUAGCCCGCAGUCUCGAUGGUGUUUAGUGUAAUAAUAGGGAUUGCCGACUGCACUGCAAAGCUGCAUGUUACAGUGCAUUUCUUGGCCAACAUUUCUUGUUUUAAACAUUUCUUUCUCUUGUUCAACAUUUCUUCAUAUCCUUUCGAACAUCUCACUAAACUAUAUGAUGUUUGAGAUGAGUUUUCUAAGCCUGGUUUUCUUUUCUUUAAUUUCAGAAUCAUGACAGGUGUGCAAAACAACACGACAGUGACCAACGGCACACAAUCUCCAGAUCCUGGUUUGCCAAAUUAUCUCGAAGAGCCUCUGGCAGCCACCGUAUUCCAGAUCACAUUGUGGUCAAUGGUCGCAUUUUUGGGAGUCAUUGGAAAUCUUCUAGUCUGCAUUGUAAUACUAAGGCGUCUAAAGAAGACCUCAAUGAACUAUUACUUACUAAGUUUGGCCAUAGCCGAUUUGGGGGUACUGGUUAUCAUUUAUCCUGUGGCGGUAUGUAAAUACAUUAAGCCAUUUGUGUGGCUCCUGGGGGAAACAUUUUGCCUGUACAUGAUUCCGACGGAGGAAAUAUUCUACGGAGCCUCUAUUUGGUCGAUAACAGCUAUUGCAAUCGAAAGGUAUAGAAAUAUCGUUGGUGCCAACCGAUAUCAGGUUUGGAACAGGUCUAAAGCAAGGACUGCGUUUGGAAUCUUUGCCGUGUGGUUGUCGUCCUUUCUGGUCUCAUGUGUACCCCUGUACCCUGUCAUGAAGUUCUACCCAGAAGGGCCCAUGUGCGUUCCCAACAUGAGCAAAACGUAUGUGGUUACAUACUUUAUAGCUCUCGUCGUUCUUUGGUACGUCCUUCCCUUGGCCGUCAUAACGUUUACCUAUGUUAAGAUAAAACAAAGAGUUCUGGUCAGUGCUACCUUUCGUAACUCGAUGGCGAUUGACGACAAUCAAGACUUCACCAAGCCUCCGAAACAGUCUGUUUUUUCAAGACAAAACAAAGACAGGAGAUUGUGGAGGCAAAGUAACAAAACUAAAAGAGUUCUCACACCUCUUGUCAUCUUAUUUGCCGUGACAAUGUUUCCUGUGAAUGCUCUCCGGAUUGUGGUACUCAUAGAUAAUAACAUUUGGAUGAACAAGUACUACAACCUGGCCAUCGGCAUCAUGUCAUUGUUCGUCAUCGUCAACUCUGCCGCCAAUCCUCUGGUGUAUUAUCUCACUAGCAAAGAAUUCAAGGAGGCGUACAAGGCAGUCCUGAAGGCCUUGCGAGGAAGGCGUAAGGAUUUUCUAUAUCAGUUUAGGCGCAGUUCCUCAAGGUACAGCUUUGGAUUACCAUCUUCUGGAUCAACAAAGACGGUAGACAUAGGAAUUGACGCAAAGAUGUUCUCCAACGGCUUAAACAAUGGCAACUAUCGUCAAAGCGUGGUUUCUCAGUUGUCUCAUGGCGAUGUCCAGUUUGAAAGUGGCUUGUGA